GCCGAUGCGUGGCUGACCCGCGAGGCCAAGAAUUGCGGUGCAAGGGUGUGGACAAGAAGGAACGGGAAAGGAGCACACAUAGUGGAGAUGGAUGAUACCCCGUGUGCACUCGCCUCCAUUUUUCCUCCCUCGCCGGCCACCACCUACUCUCUCCCCGACCCAAAGUCCUAACAAUUCCAAGGGUCAGUGAGAAACUGUCUUCAACUGCAAGCAAGAAACACACUAGAAAUCUAAGGUCCAUGCUAAGGUCCAUGAUGAUCGUCUAGUGAUCAAUCGGUUCCGUUCCGGCGAGUCCAUCGGUAAUGGAGCCUGCCAGAUUCCGGUACGUGCCGGAUCAUGUCGGGGGCGGCGGAGGGUUGGAGGAGGACGACGGCGAGGAGAGUGGCGGCGGGUGCUUCUUGGACGUGUACGUGCACGGCGCGCGCGGCAUCCACAACAUCUGCAUCUACGCCGACCAGGACGUGUACGCGCGCUUCUCGCUCACGUCCAGCCCGGCCCACGCGCCGGCGCUCUCCACGCGCGUGGCCGCCGGGGGCGGCGCCAGCCCGCGCUUCGACGAGCGCCUCCCGCCGCUGCGAGUCCGCCGGGGCAGGCUCGGCACCGACGCGCUCAAGUGCGAGGUGUGGAUGCGCAGCUGCGCCGAGAGCCUCCUCGAGGAUCAGCUCCUCGGGUUCGCGCUCGUGCCGCUCGCCCAAGUCGCGGCCGCCGACGGCGCGCGGCUGGAGCGGCGGGAGUUCUCCCUGUCGUCCACGGAUCUCACCCACUCGCCCGCUGGCACCGUAAGCCUCUCCCUCGCCCUCCGCUCCGGCCGCGGCGACGCGUGCAUCACGGAGCCAUCGGAUCGCGCCGCGACGGGGCCGUCGAUCACGUCGGAGGUGGUCAUCCUUGAGCCGCCGGCGCCGCCGGUGGACUACUUGGGUAUCGAGUUCCCUGACCUCAACACGGCCAAAGAGAACGACGACAUGGCCGUCCAGUACCUGCCGUUCUUGCACCUCGGAGUGGCGCCGUUUGACGCCAUGGAGAUGAUCACGAGCCCAGGCGGCGAGAAUUUGAUGCCGGUGUCCUCGGACGGAAGCAAGAACGCCUCGACGACCACCACGACCAGUGACGACAGGGCGAUCGAUGUCUCCUCCUCGGCGGCGACAGAGAAGCCGCAUCGGCACGACGGCGCCCACGAGGCCACCGUGUCGGCGCCGAUGUGCUGCGACGCGCCCGACACGCCGACGUCCAACGGAGGGGCGGCGUCUGGCAAGGAGAAGGUCGGCGUUUUGAAGUCUCCAAUGGCCACGGGCGACGUCAUCGACAUGGAGGCGGAGCAGAGCGCGAUGCAGCGGCAGAUCAUGGAGAUGUACGUGAAGAGCAUGCAGCAGUUCACCGAGUCGCUGGGCGCGAUGAAGCUGCCGAUGGAGCUGGACGGAGACGGCGGCGCCGGGGUCGUCGUCCAGAGGGACGAGAAGAAGCCGGAGGCACAGUCGAGGAAGGACGGGGCGAGGGUGUUCUACGGAAGCAGAGCAUUCUUCUGAAGAAAAUUACAAACAUUCAGAGAGUGUUCUGAAGACUAGAAUUAUUCAGAGUGUUGUGAUUGUUCAUCGAUUAUUCAGGGUGCGGUUAGAUGGUCACUAGGUUUUGAUUGUUCAUCGUCGUUGUUGACUUGAUCCGUUCGUUAGUACGGCAUACCUCUAGCUAAGACUAACUUGUGGAGUGGCAUGGAGUUUUGCGUGUGUCCUGCGGAAGCAGAGCUUUCUUUCUUCUUCUCCUGAAGAAGACUACAAUUAUUCAAAGUGUUCUGUAUAAAAACUGCGGUUAUUCAGAGUGAGGAA